GCGCGCCUGAGCAGCCAGGCGCCGCGCCACGCCAUGGACUCGGGCGCGUACAGCCAGGUCCGCGCCGUGCUCCUCCACGCGACCAGCAGCUCGGCGGGCGUGCGCGCGACCGCCCUGCGGUACCUCGACAACCUCCUGUCGAGCUUCCCGAGCCUCGUGUGCAACCUCGGCGUCGUCACCGUCAUGCUCGAGCUCUUGACGGUCCUGCGCCGAGCCUGCCUCGACGAGUUUGUCGACGAGUACACGCCCGCCUACUCGUUCCACUCGGUCCGCGGCGGCUUCACCAUUUCGCUCACGGACGACUAC